UCUUCCACCCGUGGACUCGUCAGGGCGUGAGGACCUACCUCACGUGACCAUUAGCAGCCUCCCGAUUGGUUUUGCUCCUUUUCUCUCCCCAAUCAGUGGGCUGAUGCGCCGAGAAGGUCGGGCGCAUGCGCAGUGCUCGGAUUUUGCUUGGCUACCCGGAGUGAAGCGAACGGGUUGGGCGAUAAACAGGCCGUGGCUAGGGAAGACGGAGAGGGGGCGUUCGCUCCUCUUGGACUUUUCAUGCCUUUUUUUUUUUCCCAGAUGUGGCUUGGUCUGGACGCAAGGUCCCAGCAGCCAGCUUAAGCUUACUCUUUUGUGAAAGGGGAAAGUAUCCCCUGUGGAAAGCAGUUAAACUUGUGGAGAGAGUGCGAGACGUGAGUUCUCCCCUAUGUCAGGCGAAUGGUGUGGCCUUGAGCUGGUCCAGGAGCCGGCUCGACGUGUCUGAGGGAGGCCCCAGAGGGGGCGGGGAGGUGGCCCUGAGAACGCGGGUUCUGUAAAGAGACGUUGGGAAGAUUCGAUUCCGAGAAGAGGAAGAGCCGGAUUGAAAGAGAGCCAGGCCUCUGAGUGGGAGGGGGCUGCUAAGAUGGCGUCGGCCUCCUCCGGGCCGUCGUCUUCGGUCGGUUUUUCAUCCUUUGAUCCCGCGGUCCCUUCCUGUACCUCGUCCUCAGCAGCAUCUGGAAUCAAGAGACCUGUGGCACCUGAGGUCUUGGAAGCUAAACAGGAUUCUUACAUCUCAUUGGUGCCUUAUGCCUCUGGCAUGCCCAUCAAGAAAAUAGGCCAUCGAAGUGUUGAUUCCUCAGGAGAGACAACAUACAAAAAGACAACCUCAUCAGCCUUGAAAGGUGCCAUCCAGUUGGGCAUUACCCACACUGUGGGGAGCCUGAGUACCAAACCAGAGCGUGAUGUCCUCAUGCAAGAUUUCUACGUGGUGGAGAGUAUCUUCUUCCCCAGUGAAGGGAGCAACCUGACCCCUGCUCAUCACUACAAUGACUUUCGUUUCAAGACCUAUGCACCUGUUGCCUUCCGCUACUUCCGGGAGCUAUUUGGUAUCCGGCCUGAUGAUUACUUGUAUUCCCUCUGCAGUGAGCCGCUGAUUGAACUCUGCAGCUCUGGAGCUAGUGGUUCCCUUUUCUAUGUGUCCAGUGAUGAUGAGUUCAUUAUUAAGACAGUCCAACAUAAAGAGGCGGAGUUUCUGCAGAAGCUGCUUCCAGGAUACUACAUGAACCUCAACCAGAACCCUCGGACUUUGCUGCCUAAAUUCUAUGGACUGUACUGUGUGCAGGCAGGUGGCAAGAACAUUCGAAUUGUGGUGAUGAACAAUCUUUUACCAAGAUCGGUAAAAAUGCAUAUCAAAUAUGACCUCAAAGGCUCAACCUACAAACGGCGGGCUUCCCAGAAAGAGCGAGAGAAGCCUCUUCCCACAUUUAAAGACCUAGACUUCUUACAAGACAUCCCUGAUGGUCUUUUUUUGGAUGCUGACAUGUACAACGCUCUCUGUAAGACCCUGCAGCGUGACUGUUUGGUGAGUUUUAUGGGUGGCAUCCCUGCCCGGAAUAGUAAAGGGGAAAGGCUUCUGCUUUAUAUUGGCAUCAUUGACAUUCUGCAGUCUUACAGGUUUGUUAAGAAGUUGGAGCACUCUUGGAAAGCCCUGGUACAUGACGGGGACACUGUCUCAGUGCAUCGCCCAGGCUUCUACGCUGAACGGUUCCAGCGCUUCAUGUGCAACACAGUAUUUAAGAAGAUUCCCUUGAAGCCUUCUCCCUCCAAAAAGUUUCGGUCUGGCUCAUCUUUCUCUCGGCGAGUAGGCUCCAGUGGCAACUCCUGCAUUACUUACCAACCAUCGGUCUCUGGGGAACACAAGGCACAAGUGACAACAAAGGCGGAAGUGGAGCCAGGCGUUCACCUUGGUCGUCCUGAUGUUUUACCUCAGACUCCACCUUUGGAGGAAAUCAGUGAGGGCUCACCUAUUCCUGACCCCAGUUUCUCACCUAUAGUUGGAGAGACUUUGCAAAUGCUAACUACAAGUACAACCUUGGAAAAGCUUGAAGUUGCAGAGUCAGAGUUCACCCAUUAAGCGCAAAGCCUCAGAAGACCUGGAACAAGAUUCUGCCAUCUCUGUGAUCCCGAGAUGUGUCAGCCCUUGCCCCAGCAAUGCUGAAUUUUCUUCUACUUGGUCAUCAAAAAAGGAGUGUAAUAGAAGCGAGGGGAGCUCCUCCUCCAUCUUCUUACUGAAGAAGAACCUCCUCUCCUUCCCCUUCCUCAUGAAUGGGCAUUAGUGCCUCAGACAGUUGAGGACCGAAGCAUCCCCUCCACUCCAGAGUUGGGUGGUACGGAUUUUCAACUGGCUAACCCUUGGCCUCCACAAUUGAAUUUUUUUCAGACCCCCAUUCUUCAUGCUGGAAAUGGGAUUGCUGUACUUGGCAGUUUUCUUUCCCCUCAUCUUUGACCAGGAACUGGACUCUUAGUUUCCUCAGGACAGACUAGCUGGCACAUUAUCUCCACCUUAGUUCUUUCUCCCUGAUCCCUGGAAGAAUACCCCUGUAAUCUCUGUAAAGGUUUUUGGGGGGAUAAGGGAGUUUAACCACCUCCCAGCGUUCUUUUUUUUUUUUUUUUCCUGAAAAAAGGAAAAAGCGCACAGCACACGGUUUCAAGCCAGCUUCAGAUCAAAACUCCAGAAGUGUUGACAAGAUGCCUAUUCGUAGGGUUCCCUCAGAAGAGCCAUGGUGUUUGUGAAGAGAAGAGUAGUGAUUGCUCUGCCAGAAGCAGCUCCUCUUUAAGCCCCUCCUUUCUUGAUGAAUUUCUUAAGGCUGAAGGAAUGGAGAGUGGGACAUGGGGUAAUCUUUACCCCUUUUGUUAAAACAGGAGGCAGCCAUGGGCUGGGAGAUCAUAGCCCUUCCUAGGCAGAAUCCUGUUCACUGCCAAGCUAUAAUAAUUAUUACUAUUUUGCAAUUUGAAAUAUAUUCUGGUUGAUUUUCUAAAUGUGAAGACUUACUAAAUGAAUUUUAGAUCAUUCUCCAAAGGAGAUUUUUUUGCUCUUCUCAUCUUUUCCAACAGUGUUCUCCUGUUUGUGGAGCUAAGGUGAAGAGGGGACACCUGUCUGUUUUAUCAGGCAGUCCGUAUCUAUGAGACCAGUAAAUAUUUUCUUAAACUCAUGGGGAGACAGCAGAUUCUUGCCUUGGUGAGGUCAUUGCUGUGCCAUAUGUCCUACCCCCCUGUCUUCAUGCAGGGAAGUUGGAAAUGGGGGCUACAUAUGCCCUCUCCUCCCCAUCUACAAGAGUUGUGGUUUUCCAUCUGAUUCUUCCACUCUUGUCAGGGGAAGAAGAGGGCCUGGUAUCUCAGGCAGAUUGUUGAAUUCUUGUUCUAUCCCUUCUCUAUCCCACCCUGCCUUGAUAAUAUGUUAGCCCAUACCCCAAAUAACUGUCUAUAUUAGACACCCCCAGCCAGUUUCUGGCUGCCUGUCUUUGCUGCCAUGUUCUUUUUUACAAGAAGGAAAGAGUUCUUGCUAUUUUUUUUCAUAAUUUACUAUUUAUGAUGUAUUUAAGUGUUUUAUUAAGGACACAGUUCUGUUAGGGGUGGGAGGGAAUAUUUAAGGGAGGGCUGGGUCUUAGGGAAAGGAAUGGGGAAUCAACAUUUUUAUGAAGUGUCACUAUUUGCCUUUACUUUGUAUUGUUCAGAAAUGGCAAAUACAAUAUAAAAGUGAUACAUGGUUUUAAUGUAAUAAACUUUAAUCGGUUAUUUAGA